AUGGAGGAGGAGGAUAUGGUGAGGGCGGUGGUGGUGAUUUGUAGUAAUAUGGUGGUGGAGGUGAUGGGGAAGGUGGUGGUGGGGACAUGUAAUAGUAAGGUGGUGGGGGUGACGGAGAAGGAGGUGGUGGUGAUUUGUAGUAAUAUGGAGGGGGCGGGGAUGGAGAUGGUGGAGGUGGUGAUUUAUAGUAGUAAGGAGGAGGAGGUGAGGGUGAUGGUGGUGGAGGAGACUUGUAGUAGUAUGGCGGUGGAGGGGAUGGAGACGGUGGUGGAGGAGAUUUGUAAUAGUACAGUGGUGGAGGAGAUGGUGAUGGUGGUGGUGGAGACUUGUAGAUAUAAGGAGGUGGUGGUGAAUUAUAGUAAUAGGGUGGUGGAGGAGAAGGAGAAGGUGGUGGUGGUGAUUUGUACAUGUAAGGAGGAGGAGGUGAUGGAGAUGGAGGAGGUGGGGACUUGUACAUGUAAGGAGGUGGGGGUGAUGGCGAAGGUGGGGGUGGUGACUUAUAAUAGUAAGGAGGCGGAGGAGAGGAAGAUGGCGGUGGUGGUGAUUUAUAAUAAUAGGGAGGUGGGGGAGAAGGUGAUGGGGGAGGAGGGGACUUGUAAUAGUAUGGAGGUGGUGGUGAUGGAGAUGGUGGUGGUGGUGGUGGUGACGUGUAAUAAUAGGGCGGAGGAGGUGAUGGUGAUGGUGGUGGAGGAGAUUUGUAAUAGUACGGUGGUGGAGGAGAUGGUGAUGGUGGUGGUGGAGAUUUGUAGAUGUAAGGAGGUGGUGGUGAAGGAGAUGGAGGUGGUGGUGACUUAUAGUAAUAGGGUGGUGGAGGAAAGGGAGAUGGCGGUGGUGGUGAUUUGUACAUGUAAGGAGGAGGUGGCGAUGGAGAUGGAGGAGGUGGUGAUUUGUACAUGUAAGGAGGCGGGGGUGAUGGGGAAGGUGGGGGUGGUGACUUAUAAUAGUAAGGAGGAGGAGGAGAGGAAGAUGGCGAUGGUGGUGAUUUAUAAUAAUAGGGAGGUGGGGGAGAAGGUGAUGGGGGAGGAGGGGACUUGUAAUAGUAUGGAGGUGGUGGUGAUGGAGAUGGUGGUGGUGGUGGUGGUGACGUGUAAUAAUAGGGCGGAGGAGGUGAUGGUGAUGGUGGUGGAGGAGAUUUGUAAUAGUACGGUGGUGGAGGAGAUGGUGAUGGUGGUGGUGGAGAUUUGUAGAUGUAAGGAGGUGGUGGUGAAGGAGAUGGAGGUGGUGGUGACUUAUAGUAAUAGGGUGGUGGAGGAAAGGGAGAUGGCGGUGGUGGUGAUUUGUACAUGUAAGGAGGAGGUGGCGAUGGAGAUGGAGGAGGUGGUGAUUUGUACAUGUAAGGAGGCGGGGGUGAUGGGGAAGGUGGGGGUGGUGACUUAUAAUAGUAAGGAGGAGGAGGAGAGGAAGAUGGCGAUGGUGGUGAUUUAUAAUAAUAGGGAGGUGGGGGAGAAGGUGAUGGGGGAGGAGGGGACUUGUAAUAGUAUGGAGGUGGUGGUGAUGGAGAUGGUGGUGGUGGUGACUUGUAGUAAUAUGGGGGAGGGGAUGGUGAUGGAGGAGGAGGCGAGUUGUAGUAGUAUGGUGGUGGAGGUGAGGGUGACCACUGUGGUGGUGACUUGUAAUAGUAAGGAGGUGGGGAUGGUGGAGAUGCAUAAUAGUAUGGCUCAUGGUCGGCUGCUACAUUUGUGGCUAUGA